AUGCCUGACAUCUUGUAUUUUGAUAAUAAUUGCAACCUUUGUUGCCAUCUGGCAAAUCGAUCCACAGAUGUUCACGAGCAUUUCAAGCAUACAAUGCUUGUUGUGGAUACUUUCCACUGGAGAACAAAACAUCAGCUUAGCAACAAUCCAUAUUGCAAUAUGCACUGCAAUCCAGCCAACUAUCAGGAACUGUACAUGGCCUCCAGCCCCAAUAAAUGGUGUUUCAACUCAUCGGUCUGUGAGCAAAUGAACUCUUGGGUCCAUCCAUUUGCCGGACUCAUCUGUGAGAUGACUGCAGUAUGCUAA